AAUCCCAUUCAUUGUCACUAGUAAACAAGGCACGCACGGUCUUCUCCCCACUUAAAGGUUUGGCUCUGAAUUUCCAAUUCGAAAGACUCUUCCUUUUUCCCAUUUGGACUUUUGCGUCUCUGAGUUGUUGAAAAGUUAGAAAGACCAACACAAAACGAAGUCUUCGUGACAAUAACACCCUACUGAUGUUUCGUAGCUGAUUCUUGGGUUCCUAUGCUGCAGAGAGGGUCUUCUACGUUUUCUUCUUUUCCCUGUUAAUUUUUUCCCUUCUUCUUAUAGAUGAUAGUUCCCAUACGAAAUACUGAGUUCAGGACUCCUCGGUGAAUAUGAUGUUGAAUGCCAAAGAUGUCGUUGUUCUUGCCCCCACUCUGAUCUUGUUUGUGGUGAUGGUGUUGCUUAGUAGUAGUUCAAGUUUUGCCACUUUGAGUGAUAUUCACUGCUUGAAAACCAUCAAAGACUCUAUUGAAGACCCUUACAACUACUUGAACUCCUCCUGGAAUUUUAACAACAGUACUGAGGGAUUCAUUUGCAAGUUCACUGGUGUGGAUUGUUGGCACCCCGAUGAGAACAAAGUUCUAAAUAUCCGCCUUUCGGACAUGGGUCUCAAAGGCAAGUUUCCUCGUGGCAUCGAGAAUUGUUCAAGCUUGACAGGCUUAGAUCUUUCUAAUAACAAGCUAUCAGGACCCAUCCCUAAUGAUAUAUCAAAGAAACUCACGUUUGUGACAUCCCUUGAUCUCUCAUCCAACAGUUUUUCAGGUGAGAUACCAGUGAGUCUUGCAAAUUGUACUUACUUAAACGUGCUUAAACUCGACCACAACCAGUUAACCGGUGCGAUCCCGCUGCAACUCGGCCAGCUAAAUCGGAUCAAGACUUUUAGUGUGUCCAACAAUCUCUUGUCAGGGCCAGUCCCUGUGUUCAGUUCCAGUUCUAAUUCUAGUUCUGUUGCAACGACUGAGAGCUAUGUGAAUAAUCUAGGACUCUGUGGGGGACCCUUGAGAGCCUGCCAAGGUACCCCAAAGAAAUCUCAUGUUGGAAUCAUUGCCGCAGCAGCAGUUGGUGGGAUAACUUUUACAGCUAUUAUUGUGGGUAUUGUUCUCUACUACUUGUCGCGUGGAGUAGUUAUAAAGAAGAAGGAAGAUGACCCCGAAGGUAACCAAUGGGCAAAGAGUAUAAAAGGAACGAAAGGCAUCAAGGUUUCAAUGUUUGAGAAGUCAGUUUCUAAAAUGAGAUUGAAUGAUCUCUUGAAGGCAACUGAUAACUUUAGCAAAAGCAGUAUCAUUGGAACAGGAAGGACCGGAACAAUGUAUAAAGCGUUGCUUCCUGAUGGUUGCCCCCUUAUGGUUAAGAGGCUACAAGACUCGCAGCGUUCAGAGAAAGAAUUUGUGUCUGAGAUGAAUACGCUGGGGAGCGUGAAACACCGUAACUUGGUUCCCUUGAUGGGAUUCUGCAUGGCAAAGAAGGAGAGAAUUCUGGUGUACAAAUACAUGGAAAAUGGGAGACUCUAUGAUCAACUACAUAGUACGGAAGAACCUGAGGCUAGGAGCAUGGACUGGCCCUUGAGGCUCAAAAUCGGGAUUGAAGCAGCCAGAGGUUUGGCAUGGCUUCAUCAUAACUGCAACCCACGGAUUAUUCAUCGUAACAUAAGCUCCAAGUGCAUACUUUUGGAUAAGGACUUGGAGCCCAAGUUAUCUGAUUUCGGCCUUGCCAGGCUUAUGAAUCCAGUCGACACCCAUUUGAGUACUUUUGUCAAUGGAGAGUUUGGGGAUUUGGGUUAUGUUGCUCCUGAGUAUCCACGGACAUUGGUAGCCACUCCGAAAGGGGAUGUUUAUAGCUUUGGAGUUGUUCUUUUGGAGUUGAUAACGGGUGAGAAACCAACCCGUGUGGCUAAUGCUCCUGAAAGCUUCAAGGGAAGUUUAGUAGAGUGGAUCACAGAUCUUUCAAGUCAUUCCCUUCAAAAGACUGCCAUUGAUAAAUGUUUGCUCGGAAAGGGUUUUGAUAAUGAGCUUACGCAGUUUCUUAAAGUUGCUUGUAAUUGUGUGUUGCCAACUGCUAAGGAGAGACCUACUAUGUUUGAAGUGUACCAGCUUCUUAGAGCUGUUGGGGAGAGGUACCACUUCACAGCUGAUGACGAAAUCUUGAUGCCAUCUGAUUCCAGUGAAAUUAAUUUUCCGGAUGAACUUAUUGUUGCUCAAGAAACAACGCAGGUUCACUGAUAGACGGAGUUUCUUUUUAAGUGAGAUAUUCUAGUUUUUUUUUUUUUUUUGAAAUAGAGAUAUUCUAGUUUGAUCUUAUAUGAAAGAAAGGUACACCUGUUCUAGAUGUAAUGGCUUCUUGACAUAAUAUAUUAGCAUUUAUGCAAGAUAUAUACAAUAUGUAACAUUUCUAGCGUC